AUGGCGCAGCGACAGCAGCAGCAGAUUCACCUCCAACAACAGCAGCAGCAGCAGCAGCAGCAGCAGCAGCAGCAGCACAACUCAUCAAUCCGGCACCCCGUCUUCUUCACGGAGAGACUGCGGCGGCCGCCGGUAACCUUAGCACCCGGGAUGGGUCUCAGUCCCGUGGCGCACGGGAGGCUGGCGGCCGAAGGGAACUCUGCGCCGAAGCUGUGA